UUGAUGAGCAGUAAUGUAAGUGAAGCAGUCAUUCAUGAUCCGCCCAGUGAUCCAGAAAUGUCCACUCCAAAAACAUGCCCAGUAAUGGAUCCAAACCCCAUUAUCAUUGAAACAGCAUGUACAGACAGUGAUGUAUCCAGCUCACAAAAGGACGCCCUGCUAAAUGUCCAUGUAAGUGUCGCAGUAACCGCCCAUGAAACAGAAAACAAAUCGUGCAGUACACUGAAUGCAGCUGCACCAAAUGAAGCUCAUCAUUCCGCGAUAGAAGUUCCUGACGAAUCUAAUCGCGAUUCCCUUGAUUUGCCAGAAAAUAUGUCAUAUGUGUCAAAUAAUGAUCAACAACCUGAUUCCGUUUUGAUGGACGCUGAUUUUCAUAGCGAUCCACUAUCUACUAGUGAUAUUCUUGAUAAAUUUGAUGAUAAUCUUUUCGAAGAAUCAAAACACGAUGACCUCAUGUCAAGCGUCAUUCACCCUCACCACUUAGUCAUGCUCAGUCGAUUUCUUGUGCGCUGCGACAAAUAUAUUUUAAUUAAAGUCAGAUCAAUUGUAUUUUGGGUAUAUGAGGACCCAACAUUGUUUCGUGGGGGAGGAUGGACCCGAGAAACUUAUAUUCCGGAUAUCAGGUCCGGGUCUUCAAAGAAGGGGAGGUGUUGGGGUAUUCAGAAAAUACCCCAGAAAUUAUCUAAUGCUAUUCCUGAAUGAGAAGUAGUGUCAUUUCCCCAUUGGUCAACAUUCUUCCAACGUGUCAUCUCCUUAUUGGUCAAUAUUUAUUUGUGUCAUUUCCUGAAGGUUAAAUCUUGUACAAUGUUACUUUCUAUUUAUGGUACGAUGUAGUCUGUUUGUUUGGUAUAUAAACAGUGUAUGUUUGAAAUAUAACGAUUCAUAUCUCCGAGGUUGAGACUUGUGUUCUGGACUCAAUUGGCUGGGCUAGACAGGGAAGCAGGACCAAUCAGAGCUCUAG